UAGUUUAUAGGAGGGAAUAAAUAUGAACUUGUUAAAUUCCCUUUCCAUUGUUUCACAAUGCUAACUCAACUUUGUAUGCUUUGCUUAGGUUACAGGGACAAACAUGGAAGACAGAGAAAUUAUUGAUUUAUCUAGUGAUGAUGAGAGUGAAAACGAAAAGGUUAUUCCCACAGCUGUGAAGCAGGAGCCAGAUCUUGUUUUCGAUGUAAAGCAAGAAAAAUCGAGGAAUAAAGGUGAACUGGCGAAUCGAAAUGGACCUCGCAUUCAUUCUGUUCGAGCAGCUGAUGAUGAUGAUUCAGACGUUUCUUAUGCGUCAGCCAUUUGUGCAGCACCCCUUACUCGGCAGUUUUGGAAAGCUGGGACUUAUGAUGAUGCCGCCGCUUCGAAAAAAUUCACACUCCAAAGGGUGGUAAUAUGUACCCUACCGGCGGGUAUCCAAUUCGAUUCCAUCCGAUCGGAUGUCAAAAACUAUCUACAUGUACACCCGAUGUUCCUUCACUCGAAUGCAACUUCACAUAAGUGGGCAUUUGGUGCCAUAGCGGAGCUUCUCGAUAAUGCAGUUGAUGAGAUCCAAAAUGGGGCUACCUUUGUCCUUGUAGAUAAAACUUCGAAUCCAAAGGACGGAAGUCCAGCAUUGCUGAUUCAAGAUGAUGGUGGUGGAAUGGAUCCAGAAGCAAUGAGGCAUUGCAUGAGUUUUGGAUUUUCAGAUAAGAAGUCAAAGCUGGCUAUUGGGCAGUAUGGUAAUGGCUUUAAGACCAGUAGUAUGAGGCUUGGGGCCGAUGUCAUAGUCUUCAGUCGGCAUAUGAGUAAUGGGAUAUUGACGCAAAGCAUUGGACUUCUGUCAUAUUCAUUUUUGGCGCAAGAAAAGCUUGACAGAAUAGUAGUACCCAUGGUAAACUAUGAGUUUAAUUCAUCAACUGGAUCAUUGGAGAUAUUAAAUGGCAAAGAGCAUUUUGUCACCAAUUUAUCUUUGAUUUUGCGCUGGUCUCCAUACUCAUCAGAAGAGGAACUUCUUGGACAAUUUAGUGACGUUGGAUCUCAUGGUACUAAAGUCAUUAUCUACAACUUGUGGCUUAAUGAUGAUGGGAACUUGGAGCUAGAUUUUAUUACGGAUCCCGAGGAUAUUCGAAUCGCUGGGGAUGUAAGGAAGAUUGACACAAUUCCUGCCUGGAGGGAAGCAAAUGAGAAACAUAUUGCUCAUCGGUUCCGUUUCUCUUUACGUGUUUAUAUGUCAAUAUUGUACUUGCAGAUACCAGAUAGUUUUCGUAUGUUUUUGAGAGGCAUAAUUGUGCAGCCACAUAACAUUGCUGAUGAUCUUAAAUAUAUUGAAUUUAUCUUGUAUAAACCACAAGUUGGUGGAACCGUGGAGGCAACAGUUGUGACAACAGUUGGAUUCCUUAAGGAAGCUCCUCGAGUCAUUAUGCACGGUUUCAAUGUAUAUCACAAAAAUCGGCUAAUACUGCCAUUUUGGCAGGUUGUGAACUAUAUAGACAGUAGAGGCAGAGGAGUUGUCGGUAUCCUGCAAGCGGAUUUUGUUGAGCCAACUCAUAAUAAGCAAGAUUUUGAGAAAACUUCUUUGUUUCAAAAGCUUGAAGCGCGAUUGAAGGAAAUGACAUGGGAAUACUGGGACGUGCAUUGUAGAUUGCUUGGAUAUCGUGAAAAUUAUCCAGUUCCUAAAGCGAAACAAGCCGAACUCAAUAGAAAGUCCUACCUUGUUGAUGCUAAAGCAGCAAACGAAAAUGCUGAACUACGCAAGAGAACCAUGCGAAACACAUCUGAGCAAGGAUCUAAUAACAAGAGGAAGAUAUAUGAACAGGUAGACCUCCAUAAUUCAAAAAAGCGUGCAAAAGAAGAGAAUGUUAAAAGUGUUGGCAUAUCUCAGAAUAUGCAGGUUAUUCCGGCACCUGCAGCGCAGGUGCUAGACCAAGAGACCUUAACAUUGUUGGAUGAAAACCAGAAACUACAGACAAAAUGUUUGGAAUCUGAAAAGAUACAAGAAGAACUUAAUCUUAAGGUAACAGAUCUUAGAAGUAAAAUAGAAGCAGCCAGAGAGCAGCAAAAUCUACUAUUGGCUCAACUACAACUGCUAGAUGUGAAAGAUGGGUAGUAGUAGUAGGUGUAGCUGUCACAAAUGGCAGUGUUCAAAUUCUUUGAUUUGUAGAAGUGUUGUACCAAAUUUGAAUCCUCUAGAGUGAAAAAGUUAAUAAAGUGGUAAAGUAAAGAGUUGAUCAUCAUUGAUUUUGUGAUUUCCAAAAAAUGUGUGUUCCAUUAUUUUAAUUUCAGAAUGAUUCUCUUCAUUUUACCACUUUACUAAUUUCCUCACUUUAGAGAUUUUCAGUCGGGUUGUACCAUAUGUAUAGUUUCACUUUCACCCCUUAGAUAGGUGUGUGGCUAGCUAAUUUUGGUUUUUGGAGGGCCAUAGUGGUCAUUUCAUGCUGUAAGCCAGUUUGGUUAGUCUUCUGUAUACAUGUAACUAACAAGAUACCCGCGCGAUGCACGGACAAUACAUACACAGAUUAGAAUGACGUGAAUAUAAAGAAUUGUUGGUUAUUUUA